AAUAAUUACGGUUGAUUUUUUAACAUGUCAUGGCAAUGUCCUUACUGCAAUUAUCACGAGGAUUAGGGGCAAUGAGAUCAAAUAUAUCAUUGGCUAAAGGCAGAACUAAUUUGGGUGCAAAGGUUAAGAGACAUUAUUUUUAUGGUAUUGCCGGAUGAACACCACCGCCAAAGGCAAUUCGUGAUUCUUAUUCGUUAACUUGAGGUCAGUGUUACACAUGCAUUGUCAGUCAGAACUCGCUGGUAACUGACUCUGUGAUUAUCGCUCCUUUUGGCAUGUAAGAUUCUUCUAUAAUAAAUGAAAAAUGGCAGAGAAUAUUUCUGACGUUAAGGAGGUGAAGAUUAAAGCCCUAGAUGCUUUUUUAAAAGAAUUUGGCGAAGAAGCUACUCACUGUGUAUGUGCACCCGGACGAGUCAAUGUCAUUGGAGAGCAUACAGAUUACAAUGAAGGAUUCGUUUUGCCCAUGGCCCUACCGAUGGUCACCGUAAUCGCAGGGAAGCCCAAUGGAACGAAUAUCUGCACUAUUAUAUCAGCUAGUUCUGCGGUGACGAGUGUCAGUAAAGCCGAAUUCGACAUCAGUGAACCCGCAGCGAUCAAACCCGGCGAGCCAAAAUGGGCAAAUUAUGUCAAAGGAUGCAUUGUCAAUUUUACAAAUUCGUUACCAGGUUUCAACGCUGUAGUGAUUUCAACAGUGCCAGUGGGUGCUGGCUUGAGUAGUUCUGCAGCUCUGGAAGUAGCGACGUAUACUUUUCUAGAAGCAAUAACAGGUCAAGUCGCUAAUCCUGUUGAAAAGGCCAUAUCGUGUCAAAAGGCAGAGCAUGACUUUGCGGGUGUGCCUUGUGGGAUAAUGGAUCAAUUUAUCUCGGUAAUGGGUCAAGAUGGACAUGCCCUUUUGCUCGAUUGCCGGGAUAAAUCGGUGAUCCAAAUACACAUGGAAAAUCUCAAAGAUCAUCUAUUUUUAAUUACCAACUCUAAUUCACCACAUAAGCUAUCAUCAAGUGCCUAUCGAGAUCGUAGAGAUGCUUGCUUCGAAGCAGCCAAGAUGUUGGGAAAAAAUAGUCUUCGAGAUGUGUCGCUGGAAGACAUCAAGACUCUAGAGAAACAAGGAGCUUCGAAAGUUACAAUAAACCGUGUACGCCAUGUGCUGAAUGAAAACUUGCGAACUCAAGCAGCGAUGAAAGCACUGCAAGCCGGAGAUUAUAAAAGACUUGGCGAAUUGAUGAAUGAAAGCCAUGAUUCACUGCGAGACAAUUACGAAGUCUCAUCUCCGGAAUUGGAUACUCUCGUUAAUACGGCCAGGAGUGUUGAUGGGGUUCUUGGGAGUCGUUUGACUGGAGCUGGUUUUGGUGGCUGCACGAUAACUCUGUUGAAGGAGGAAUGUAUAUCAAAAGUGAUCAGUAAAAUCAAAGACACAUACACUGGUAAAGCGACUUUUUACAUGGCAAAACCAUCGGCUGGAGCAAGACGCCUGGACUGCCAUCGUUGAUUUACCAUGCUGAUUGAUAUGAUACACUAAUAAGGCAACAUUUUAUAUGGCAAAACUAUCGUCCGGGGAAGACAAUUGGAUUGUCAUCGCUGAUUUACAUGGUAGAAAUAGGAGUUAUCAGCCAUAAAUAGUGAGGGAUUCUUGUACACAAAUAUACAUAUAUAUUUGACAAAAUAUUACAUAAUUUUGAAUUUCAA